UUUAUCAUUGUGUAUAUAAGCUCCCCUUAAAGGACGGAUUCAAGAAUGUCUCAAGCUCCAUACUUGGUGUGAUACACAAGUUUGUUCUUCUUUCUUUCUUGGAUCUUCAAAUAUUUAUGCACUUCCUUUUUCUUCUUGUUCUUGGAAACAAGUACUGCUCAUAUCAUAUAGUCUUCCAUGGAUGAAGGUAAUAAAGAGCAAAUGCUUCAAGCUCCAGCUUUGGUGCUAAAACAUAAUAGGCAUGCAAAGCAUCAAGAUCAAUGGAUGAUCAUGGAAGGUGAUGAAAUUGAGGGUGAUAUUUAUAACACAUCUUCUUCCUUUGGUAAUUCAAGUACGACUAACGGAUCAACUUCUUCAUCAUCAGAUUUAGUAGAUGAUGCAUCUUCGCCAACCUCAACCUUAUCUACAUCAUCUUCAAAUUCUACUGCCGGUCCUUUGUUUGAAUUAUCAGAGCUCAUGGCCCAUCUACCCAUCAAGAGAGGAUUAUCCAGUUUUUAUCAAGGGAAGUCUCAGUCAUUUACAUCUCUAUCAAGGGUAGCAAGCAUUGAAGACCUUCCAAAGAAGGAAACUCCUUGUAGAAGGAAAAUGAAGGCAUCCAAGAGCUGUGCAAAUGGAUUGGAUUCCUACAAACCAUACACCCUCCCAAAAGCCAUAAUAUCAAAGAAGGUUCCAAGGUCAUGUUUAUCUUUUCCAGGUAGAAGAGGCAGUUUUUUAAGUAAUAGCAGGCCUCCUCUAUCUCCUAUUCAAAAGAAGAUUUAAUGAGUUUUUUUUCUUCUUUUUUUUUUUGAAAUAAGAAGAUUUAAUGAGUUAUUGCUUGAAUUAUGUUUAUAUAUAUUGAUGUACACCAUCAUUUUUUGAUUGUACAUAACAUGAUCAUAAUAAAGAAAUAUCGAAAUACUUGAGAGCCUA